UAGCAUAAGAAAGCCAAAGCCGUGUAAACGACGAAAGUAGAAAGGCAAGGAAAGGGGAACUUUAUGUCGUUGUUGAACACCACGUUACAGACUCUUGUGGUGCGUCUGCGAGAUAUGUCGGGCAAUGUAACGGAACAAAAGCUCCACAAUCGCGUCUUUGACGCCUAUGAAGCGAAGUCGCUCGUCUUCGAGGCUAUUACCCCUGAACAACAGAUGGCGAUGCUGCAGUUUGGUGGAACCAUUCCGCCCUCCCAUCCUGCCGGGCAACCUAUUCUUAUUGAUUCUUGGAAUGAUCUCACUAGUAUUCAUAAGGAGGGAAACCUCUACCAAUUGCUUGCACGGCGAGCGCGAAAUAACUCCGGCUAUAACGUGAUGCGCGCGAUAUGUUCAAGCGCCGGAUCCCCUUUUACCAUGGAUCACCGCGUGGAUCCGGUGGAUUACAAAUUUACCUUUCGCGCAGCGGACUUUGAGAUUCGAAAUAAAUUCAAUGCCGAAAAUCAGGAUAAGGUCCCCACUACGAUUUGGUUUGAUGGGAUCUUAAAAGCUCCCAAGGCGUCGGCGCUCGUUGGCUGCUAUCACUCGCUUUCCCCUGCACACGUGAAUAAUAUGGCAGGAACGGUACAAUUUUUGAAGGGUUGGGUUCACACGCCCUCUGAUGGGGAUCGCCACCGGCAGUUGAAGGAGCUCUACGCCAGCCUUUUAUCGAAUCCGACGCACAUGUUUUUGGGAGCGAAUGCCGUUCCGGGAAAAGAAUUGUUGAACUAUGCGAAGUCAAAAAAUGUGUUUAUCUAUGCUAAGAAAGGAAUGCGUUUUCUGUAUCAUGCGUAAUUCUAACACGGUUUCUUUUUCUCUUCACAGAUGUACUCUCUUUCAAGGCUUGGUUGUUUUUGUGUAUUCGUUGAGGUUGGGUGUUUUGUUGAGGUAUACACGGUGUUUGUUUACAACAUCGCAUAUAUUUAUGUUUUAUCCGUCGUCGUAUGGUUACUCGCAUUCUGAGUAGGAUCGAUAUGGUGAGUUACACUACGCAAAACAGAGCAAACAAAGGGGGUCUUGGUUCGUCUGUCUAUUAAAUUUAAGUGGACACUACUUAAUGUCACUGAUUUUUUCCUCCCCUAUGAUCUUGGAUUAUUCUGUUCUAUGUCUUGUAUAAGUCAAUAA